CCCGUCCCCGCCGCCCGCUCCGCUCCGCGCCGGCGGGUUCCUGCUUCCGUCUCCUCCCCGCCGAGCGCCCCCGCCCUCCACGCCGCUCCCCCCGCCCGCCCCGCCGACUCCCCACGCCCGGCACCCUCGGCAGCGGCAAAGCGGGCUUCGCCAGCGGCGCCGGCACUCGGAUUCAGUGAGUUCUCUGCCAGCUACUUGAAACUGUAGAGCCAGCACUAAAAUAUGCAAGUGACUUCACUAAAAAGCUGGUCUGUGUGCUUCAGAAAUUGCUUGUACUGGAGAAGAGAACUACCUAUGCUUCAAAAUGGAAGUGAGGAAGAAGAGUCCCCAAAAGUAUUAAUUUGAAUAAAAAUUAUUGUUCUUAAUUACUAAUUUCACUGACUGCUGGAAUAGUGGAAUUGCAUGUUAACCUCCAACCUCCAUGAUGCAGUUGUGUUUAUUUCCUGCUGUUGUGGAGAGGAAUAUAAAUGAAGAAUGAUGCAAUAUUAAUGAUUUCUAUGUACAGCCUUAUAAGAAUCUUCUUUAAGGAGUUGCAGUAAGAUAAACACUGAAAAUAAUUUUUCUCUGGUACAAUGUGGUGAAGCAGAGGAAUUGAAAUUGUCCACCUUUGUACAAGCUAAGGACUUAAAAUGUUUGUUAUUUUGUGAGCAGAAGCAGUUCUGGAGUGAAUUGAACUUCUGAAAAUGCGGCCAUGGACUGGUUCCUGGCGUUGGAUUAUGCUUAUCCUCUUUGCUUGGGGAACUUUACUCUUUUAUAUUGGUGGACACCUGGUACGAGACAGUGAGCACCCAGAUCACUCUAGUCGUGAGUUAUCCAAGAUCCUCGCUAAACUUGAACGGUUAAAGCAGCAAAAUGAAGACUUAAGGCGGAUGGCAGAAUCUCUCAGGAUACCAGAUGGUCCCAUUGAUCAGGGACCAGCUGCAGGAAAGGUACAUGCUUUAGAGGAGCAACUUCUAAAGGCCAAAGAACAAAUAGAAAACUAUAAGAAGCGGACAGGAGAUGAAGGCCUUGGAAAAGACCAUGAAAUACUGAGGAGGAGGAUUGAAAAUGGGGCUAAGGAACUUUGGUUUUUCCUCCAGAGUGAGCUGAAGAAAUUGAAAAAUCUAGAAGGAAGUGAACUGCAAACACGCAUUGAUGAAUUUCUGUCUGAUUUGGGUCAUCAGGAAAGGUCAAUAAUGACCGACUUGUACUACCUCAGUCAAACAGAUGGAGCAGGAGAUUGGCGAGAAAAAGAGGCCAAAGAUCUAACAGAUUUGGUACAGAGGAGAAUAACUUAUUUACAGAACCCGAAGGAUUGCAGCAAAGCUAAGAAACUUGUGUGUAAUAUCAACAAAGGCUGUGGCUAUGGUUGUCAACUUCAUCAUGUAGUUUACUGCUUCAUGAUCGCUUACGGCACUCAGCGAACGCUUAUUUUGGAGUCCCAGAAUUGGCGCUAUGCUACCGGUGGCUGGGAGACUGUAUUUAGGCCCGUGAGCGAGACAUGUACUGACAGAUCAGGUUCCACCACUGGACACUGGUCAGGUGAGGCUAAUGAUAAGGAUGUUCAGGUGGUGGAACUUCCCAUUGUUGACAGCUUACACCCACGGCCACCUUAUUUACCCUUGGCUGUCCCUGAAGACUUGGCUGAUAGACUAAUUCGUGUACAUGGGGAUCCUGCAGUGUGGUGGGUUUCACAGUUUGUGAAAUACUUGAUUCGUCCACAGCCUUGGCUAGAAAAAGAAAUAGAGGAAGCCACAAGGAAACUUGGUUUCAAACAUCCAGUGAUCGGUGUUCACGUUCGAAGGACAGACAAAGUAGGAACAGAGGCAGCCUUUCAUCCGAUUGAAGAAUACAUGGUACAUGUUGAAGAGCGGUUUGAACUUCUCGCUCGCAGAAUGCAAGUUGAUAAAAAGAGAGUGUAUUUGGCUACAGAUGACCCUUCCUUGUUGCAAGAGGCAAAGUCUAAGUAUCCAAAUUAUGAAUUUAUCAGUGAUAACUCCAUAUCCUGGUCAGCAGGACUUCAUAACCGAUACACUGAAAACUCCCUCAGAGGUGUUAUUUUGGAUAUUCACUUUUUGUCUCAGGCAGACUUCCUGGUCUGUACGUUUUCGUCCCAGGUUUGUCGAGUUGCCUAUGAAAUUAUGCAGACGUUGCAUCCAGAUGCUUCAGCAUAUUUCCAUUCUUUGGAUGAUAUCUACUACUUUGGGGGACAGAAUGCUCACAACCAGAUUGCUAUUUAUGCUCAUCAUCCACGAACUGCUGAUGAAAUUCCCAUGGAACCUGGAGAUAUAAUUGGAGUAGCUGGAAAUCACUGGGAUGGUUAUUCAAAAGGCAUCAAUAGGAAAUUAGGAAGAACAGGCCUGUACCCAUCCUAUAAAGUUAAGGAGAAAAUUGAGACAGUCAAGUAUCCUACAUAUCCAGAGGCUGACAAGUAAAUUAAAAGGAAGACAUUCAGCAGUAAUUCUCAAUUUUGAUUGGUUCGAACCAGCCAACAACACACUAACUAAUGGUUUAUAUGGGAUUUGAAUUUGCAUUUUAACAUGGAGUUAAAAUCAAAGCCUUUGCAAUGAAACUGGAUAAGAAGCUGAGAACAAAUGGAUGGGCUAUUAUCUGAACUUUUAAACGUUUUUGUUAUAUGCACUCUCACACAUGCACACACAAACCCACAUGUAACAGGAAAACUGUUGUUUUAUACUUUUUGUCUCUUCAGGAUUUAUCCCAGUCAUUAGUCUUACGUGAGCUUUAGGCUCUUCUCUCUGCCAUUAAUUUACAAUAAUGUUCAGACUUAUAACACUGCCACAUUGUGUAAUAUGAGUGACAUGAACAUAUUUUGUAUGUGCAAAAUUUAAAACAUGGUGCCUAUAUUUGAAAAGUUUGUGACCUUUUUAGAAGAGCCAUGCCUAUUUCACAAUGGGCAAGAGUCAACUUUCAUCUGAUGUUACCGUGACCACUGAACUUGCUUCAAACAAGAUUCAGAUUUCAGACUAGAUUUCUUUACAAGUUUGGGGGUUUUUUUUUAGCAUUCCAUUGAUUACUUCUCAUCAUUAAUAAAAUAAAGGAUAAAUUCGACAAUAAAAUAGUCACUGUCUGUUAGGAACUUUUGUAAACAAUGCCAUGAACAGAUUCUUUAAUAGUGAUAAUGUUUCUGGACAUUGCUUUUGAUUGAGAAAAAAACCCAAAAACAACAACCUACAAAACCCACAAAAGAGGGAAAAAGUAGCUGGAGUUUCAUUGAAUUUUGAAACACUGUGUAGUACAACAGUUGUGUAGUGGCACAGUGCUGCUCAGUUUUGUGGACAGUAGGUAACAGCAGAAUGACUUCAGUGACUAAAUUUCUUACAUUUACUCUCUAGCACUAUUUUUUUACCUUCUGUGUUUCUUCCCUGAAAUUAAUUCAGGUUUUAGAGUAUUGUAGGUGGCCUCUUAUCUUUUUGGCAUUGAGUGUAGUUACUUUGAAGUAAAAUACUUCAGGUUAUCCCAUUUAUAGAACCCGUCAAUCUGGACUACUUUAAAAAAAAAAUCUAACAAUUUACCCCCAAAUAGUAGGUUUGAGAAAAAUAUACACAAGGAUGAAUUUUUAUGCAUGUCAUGAGGUUGUUAGUAAUUCUUAGUGUUUUGAAAUCUUUUGCUAGUCAGCUCUCUAUUAAGAAAAGAGAAAUCACAAAAUAAUUUUACAAACAAAUUCGUAGAUUUGGCGGUUGUGUAUAUAUAUAUAUACAUAAACAAAUAUAUAUAUAUAUGAAAUAAGGAAGAUAACAAGAGAUUGUUUCCAAAUAAGAAGAACAUUAAUAACGUUUUAUAUAGGCUCUAGUGCAAUUCAGUCUGGAUUACUGGAAGUGCAGAAAAUGUUUACUGUUCAGGGACUGAGAAAAUACCACGUGAGUAAAGAUUAAAAAAGCAUAGUUGGUUGACCUUAACAAAGCAAAAGUAUAUUUAAUUAUAUUUAUGAAUAGAUGAAGGAUAGUGUAAACAUAAUGAAUGGAGGCACUUGACCAUGAAUAAAUGUUAGGCUGAAAAAUAAAAGGAAAUCUCUGGUAGUGUGAAGUUCAGCAGCAGGCUUCCAAUUGAAAUAGUGGUGAAAUGGAACUGUAUUGGAAUGUGAAGGAAUUACAAAGUGGUACUCUGACAUUACUUGCAGGACUGAUCCUAUAGAUCCGUUCCAGUAACGUGUUCCUUAACUGGAAAACUGGUUUGUGUCUUGAAGAAGAGUAACAAAAUCUAAGCUGAAAACUUCUGUUGGAAAAAAGAUACAUUGAUCGUAGUAUUAAAUAGACAUAUCAGUGAAAAUGAGCAUAGAUACCACAUGAGAUUUAAAGACUAAUUGAAACAUAAUGGCAAAUGAGUAGGAGUGACCAAGAAAUGCUAAAGAUGAUGAAUUUUUGUGAUGAAAGAUGCCUAGGGUUAACUGGUGUUUCUGUAUCUUGGAACUAGAAGCGGCUUGAUGUUAUUUUCCUGUCUAAGUGAUUCUGAUAAAUUUUCCACUAACUUAGGCAAACAUGAUAUUUCAGAGGUACAAAGGUAGGGUAAAUUAUAAUUUUUUUAAAUUUUAUUUUGAAUUGUACAGAUAAAGCUAUUACUGCUUUCUUUUUCAGUUUGAAAAAAAAUAAUCCAAACUGAUGCACAUUUCUUCCUCAACAAUUAAAUCAAUUCAUUUUAUCUUUGGGAAAACUAAUUUAAUUGUUUCUCCACAAAUACUACAUUAUCUGUUUGAUAUUUAUAGAUUUUGAAAAGGUUUUAUUUUUUAAGCUCUUUACUUAUGACUUCAGAGCUCAUAAUUUCUUGCUCAUUUUUAGAGUGUGAUUCACAAAUAAGAUUCAUAAAUAAAUGAACAUAUGAAAAUUCCUCCAGAAUCAGGUAACUCAAUUGAAAAUACUACUAAAGAAGUUAAAUAACAGAACAUCUAGGAUGAGCCCAAAGGCAAGAGCAGAUCUUCUGAGAUGGAUGGCAAUGAGAGAACUGAAAACGCUGAUGUUAUAAAAUAUGUACCUAUACAGUGUGGCAAUUCCUCUGCAGACUAUAUCUGACAAAGUACUGGCAAGGUACACAUGCCUCCUUACAUAUUCUGAGUACCUAAUGAAUAAUUAGGUCAUCAUCUUUGAGAAAAUGAUCAUGAAAUGAUACAAAAUUAUAGAGUUACUGUUAAUAAUUCAGAAAUGUACUAAUGUAGAUACUAUGAUCUUAUUCCCCUGGGUCUUAUGAUCCUCUGGUGCGUAUAAUUCAGUAUGUCUCGGAGGAAGAAAUCUAGCAAUAUGCUGCUUGCUAGAUGCAUCUGUUUCUAGAGAUUUCUUUCAGUUAAGACUACCAGUUAAUUAUGUCUUGGAAUCCUGGGACAUUGGUACGCUAAAACUGAAUUUGUUUUAUAUUAAACAAAAUGAAUAUUUGAGACUUUAUUCUUGGUUACAAUGGAGUCCAGGUAACAUGUAACAUCCAUGGGUAAGUGGAAGAGAGAACCCCAGAUUUUUUAUUGUAGCUCACAGAAAAGUAAAAUAACAGGAAAUAAAAAUGUUGUCUUUAAUUCCUGAAAGAAAGCUGAAUCUUUUGAAGGUUGUGAACUCAUUAAGAUACUAGCUGGAAUGCUUGCAAGGAAGCAAGUGUACAUCAUGUUUCUUCUGUUCACCUUGUAGCUGUGCAACAGUCCAGUCAUGUAAUUUUUGCCUCAUACCGAACCACCUUCUCAGACAUCCAUAAAACAAAGAGCUUUCAUACUCUCUUAACUACUGUUUAAUUAAACUUUCCUCUUUAAGAAACAUUUGUAUGUGUGUGUGCAUGUUGUGUACAUAAAAACGAUAUGAACAGCACUGUUUUGUUCUUUGCUAUUUUACAUUAUCGCUGUCACAUUCUCUGUAAAAACUUACUUGCCAGGUAAAUGUAGUCUCUGGAAGCUCUCAUGCUGCUUACCAGUCAAGAAAUUUAUUCUGGGUUGUUCAGUUAACUAGUCUUCUGUGACAGUGGUCACCUGGGGUCAUCAUCUGUGGUUUGCUGCUACCACCAACCUGAAUUCUGUCCUUGAUUUGGCCUGUGGUCAAAUGCGUGGGAUUUACAAGCCUUCUCUACCAACAUCCUACCCAUGUGAACUGUUGAGUAUUAUGUAUUUCUUUAUGAAGGAUUAUGUUUUAUUUCAAAACUUUAAAAUAUUUUUAAAUGUUUAUCUUCAGAUAAGUCUUUUGUUUAUCCCUUCUAUCACUGAAUUUUAAGGAAGUUUUAAGGAAACCAUUGAGUUUUAAGGAAACCAUAAAGAUUUCUCUCCUAUACCAAUUUUUCAGAAAGGAGAACUGGUGAUAACUUUCUUACAGAGAGAUACUCACAAUGUAAAAGUUUCCUCCAUAAUGGGUUUUAUGUUUCUUUGGUAUGAAAUUAUAAAAUAAGGAUCUUGUCUUCUGAGCUAGGAACAUAAUAGAAAAUAAAUAGAACAUUUUCAUGAAAAAUUGUUGAUAGGGGGAGGGAGAUUUUCUUUCAUGCAAGUGGAGUAGCACUAUUUGAAAUUUUUUCCAAACAAUGAAUUGAGCUUGAUUUUUCCUCAUCAUUAGUUUCUUCACAAUGCAAUCUCUGAUGUGUCUGAGGAAUACAGGUAAAAAUAAUUUGCUUAGUCUGGGAGAUGGGGAGGAAAUAAUCUAAUAAGAAGACACAAAUAAACAUUUCAGUACUGGGUUAAGGCCCUCUGCCAGCGAAAUCAUUCUACUCUUUGCCAGAAAUACUUAGAAUUUGCAACCUUCAUUUUGAUUUUGCCUAAUACCAGUCCCAGUCACAUAUACAAAAGUCAUGCUGGUCAUAUUCUGAUCAUUGGUUGUUACUACGUAUAUUACAGUUUUAUUCCUAUUUUGGUGGCUUGGAAGCAGGUUGUCAAAGGGCACAAAAGGCUGUUUGGCUUUCUUAUUGUAUUGAACUAAAAUUGCAUUUUAAACUCACAAAAAUUCCAUUUACCUAAGGCGCCACUAGAAUUAUUAUUGUAGGCUACAGAUUUUGUCAAGGUCCUCUAUAUGCACCUGCAAGCAUAUCUGGAGCAAGACUGAAGCAAAGUAAGUUAGGUAUGAAUAUCAACUGUAUGCAGGUUAGACUUCAUAGUAUCCUGUUCAUUUCUAAAAAACAUGAAAUGUGGCACUGCAUGAUACAAAUAAGAGGAUAGUAAAAAAUUCCCAGAUCUGCAAAAAAAAGUUGCUAGUCUGCUUGAAUGCAUCACUGUGUACAAGAUUAUUCCAGAAUCUAAGUAUGUAAGACAGAAAUCUUCAACAUUACUCAAGAAUCCCAUCCACUGAUGUGUUUGCUGGUCUUAACCCCUUUUGGUACCAUGUUUGCUGUUCAGUGGAGUUCCUCUAUUUUGUGUGCUUGUUUCCUUUGACUUAUCUUGUCAGCAGAAUCCUAUUGCCACUGCGAAUCAAGCAAGUUUGGAUUAAUGCAAAGUCAUGACAACUUUUGCACAAAAAUGUCUUUACUGUUGCUCAAAAUUAACUUCACACUCUUAGGCUGACUCCUUAAGAGAUGCUGUUGAGGGAAGGAGCUGUCUCCACUGGACUAUACAUGUUUUAUAACUGCUGGCACACACAUGUACUGGUUUUACUUUCAGUUUUGCAUUAUUUUCUCACUUCAUAAAGACUUGAGAUUUUGCUUUCAUUUUGAUAUAUUUAUGAAGGUUUUCCUGGAGCACGGCGAGAUAAAGUCUCAACUAUCCUGCAUUUUCUUCAAGAAGUAUAACAGACCUUACCCUGUUUCCUCUAACUGCCUUAAAAACAUCCUUCAGUCGCACCAUUUUAAUAGAAUCAGAUAGAUCUAUGCUUCUGGAAGACUAUGGAGUUUUUUUACUCUUCCAAUAGCCUUGCUGCCUACUUGCAUUUGAUCCUGGCCUACCAUGGUUGUAGGAACCUUUGUCAAACCUUUCUGCUUUGCAUAUUUUGAUUUCCUUGCCUAGUGGUCAUUACUUGACUGAGAGUCCAAGGGACAAAGGUCUGUAUUUGGUUUUUCAUAAUAACAUGUGAAAUUGUAUUACUGGCAGAUUAUUUUUUUUAUGAAUUGCAUUUUUUGUUUUGUCCCUAAUUGGUAUAGUCAAGGAUUCAAAGAGUAAACACUGUAAUCUGAUGUGCCUGAGAAGUGUUUAGGGGGGCUUACAAGGCAUAGAAAUUCCUUAUGUAAUCAGGUUUACAGCUCAUAGCAUGACAAGUAUCUUGACUAGAUGAAAGAUGUAUUCCUAUAGAAUUCCCUGUUCAUUUUUGCCUACUGCUCAUUAUACACUUAUGCCUGCAGCUUAGUUUGCAAGAGACACAAUGUGAAUGCUGUCUUUUUACAGGACUAUACAGAUAAUUUUCUUCUCUUCAACCUUAGAAUCCUUUAUUUUAGUUUAGUUUUAGUAUUCUUACUUUCUGGCAAGUUUGGCUUUUUUUUUUUUUUCCUUUUUUUAAUAAUACAGCUGCACUAUUCUCAAUUACUGCACUGCGAACAGUGCCACAAGGAUAUUACAGCUCAGCUGUGAGAAGCCACUGAAUGUUAAGAUUUCUGUCCGAUUCGGCUGUCUACAAAAGAUCCGUCUGUUAAAGAAGCCCAAGUAUGUUUGUUGAUACCUUUCCAAACAGUAGCAACCUGGAAGAAUGGAAGGGAAUCAAAAACCAGGACAUCAUACUUUGUUCUUUGUGAAUGGGAAGGAACUGGGCCUGUGUUAUGUCUAACUGAGAUGCUGGAAAGCAAUUAACUAGUUGGUGAGAGUAGUUUGCUUCACUGCUUCGGCUUAUUGCUGGAGAAUGAACUGUGACAAGUUUAUAAUUCUAAAUAUGUGGUCAGUUUGUGACAUCUAUAAAAUUUUGUUUUCACUUGAGAAUAAAGUUGUUAUACACAAUAA